AUGUCUCCUUCAGACGUCGCUGCCGCGAUCGCGAAGCUCUCGCCGCCCCCACCUCCCGGCGCCCCGUACGCCGUCCCUGUCCCCAACAGCGCCACGCCCAACCGCUCGCCUGUGUACAGAAACUGGCGCUUCCGCGACUCGCCACUGCUCGAGACCCUCGACGCCAGCGUCGAGACCUUGCACGAUGCCUUUGAGGAGUCCGUCAAGUACCGUGGCAACAAGCAGUUCCUUGGUUGGCGUCCGUGGAACCCGGCCACCAAGACAUACGAGGAUAAAUUCGUCUGGAUGACGUACAACGAAGCUGCGGAGCGCCGCAAGAACCUCGGUGCCGGUCUGGUCGAGAUCCACAAGACGGCUGGCGUCACGGCCGACAAGUACCCCGUGGGCAUCUGGUGCCAGAACCGCCCCGAGUGGCAGCUCACAGACCUUGCUGCCAUGUCCCAAAGCCUGUUUAACGUGUCGCUCUACGACACCCUUGGCCCCGACACGAGCCAGUACAUUAUCAACCACUGCGAGCUCAACUGCAUCGUCGCCUCGCUGACCCACAUCCCUGCCCUGCUGAAGCUCGCGCCCCGUGUCCCGUCACUCAAGAUUAUUGUGUCGAUCGACGCGCUCGACGCCGGCGAGCCCGCGGGCCUCUCCAAGGGCGCCCUGCUCGCCAACAUGGCCAGCGAGCACGGCAUCAAGAUCUACUCGUUGGCCGAGGUGGAGGAGAUCGGCCUCCGCUCGGGCCGCGCCAUGCGCCCGCCCACCAAGAAUGACACGACCACCAUCAACUACACCUCUGGCACGACCGGCGACCCCAAGGGCGUGGUGCUGACGCACCGCAGCAUGCUGGCGGCCAUUUCGUGCUCGCGCGCCUCGGGCUUCAUGUCCCCCAACGACACGCACAUCUCGUACCUGCCGCUUGCGCAUAUUUACGGCCGCAUGUGCGACUGGUCUGCGAUUGCCAUGGGCGCCCGCAUUGGCUACUUCCGCGGCGACAUUACCGGUCUUGUGGACGACAUGAAGCUGCUGCGGCCCACGGGCUUGUUCUCGGUGCCCCGCCUGUACAACAAGUUCAACUCGGCGAUCCGCACUGCGACGGUCGAGGCGGAGGGCUUCCGGGGUGCGCUCUCGCGGCGUGCCGUCGAUGCCAAGCUGGCCAACAUGCGCCUGCCGCCCGGCAAGGCCACAAACUACCACGCGCUGUACGACCGCAUCUGGUCGCCCAAGGUGCGCAAAGCGGUCGGCCUGGACCGUGCUGUGUCGAUGGUGUCGGGCAGUGCCCAGCUCGACCCGGAUGUGCAGACAUUCCUGCGCGCGGCGUUCGGCAACAACUUUUUGCAGGGUUUCGGUAUGACGGAGACGUGCGCCGUCGGUUCCGUGCAGACGCGUGGCGACAUGACGACGGGCAACAUUGGCGGCCCGCAGGGCGGCUGCGAGUUCUGCAUCGAGUCGGUGCCGGAUCUGGAGUACACGGUGGACGACAAGCCGAACCCGCGCGGUGAGCUGCUGGUACGCGGCCCGAUCCUGUUCAGCGAGUACUUCAAGAACCCCGAGGAGACGGCCCGCGUUGUGGAUGCGCAGACGGGCUGGUUCCACACGGGCGACAUUGUGGAGGUCAACGCGAUGGGCCUGUUCAGCAUCAUCGACCGCAAGAAGAACGUGCUGAAGCUGGCGCAGGGCGAGUACGUGUCGCCGGAGCGGAUCGAGAACGUGUACCUGGGCGCGUGCCCGCUGUUGGCGACGGCGUUUGUGCACGGCGACCCGAUCGAGGCGGCCCUUGUGGCGGUGUUUGGCGUGGAUCCGGAGGCCUUCGCGCCGUUUGCCAGCAAGGUGCUGGGCGGCGACAAGACCUCGAUUGCGGCUACGGACCGGGAGGCGCUGAAGAAGGCGGCGCAGGAUCACCGGGUGCGUGCCGCGGUGCAGGCCAUCAUGGACGGCAUUGGCAAGAAGCACAAGUUCAACGGAUUCGAAAAGGUCCGCAACGUGUACCUGGACAUUGAGCCGUUCACGGUGGAGAACGAUCUGCUGACGCCGACGCUCAAGCUGAAGCGUCCGCAGGCGGCGCGGGCGUUCCGCAAGGAGCUCGACCAGUUGUACGCCGAGUUGCGCGAACAGACCACGUCCAAGCCGAAGCUGUAA